CAUAUCAUUAGUCAAUCAAGGAAACCCGUAACAAACAGACACAGAAAUUUAGUUCCCCUACUAUACAGGAAUUGAAAUACUCGGAAAAUGGCAUUUUAUGGCGGAGUCAAUGCAAAGGGAUACUUUAUUCCCCUCAAAGAACUCACAAAGGGGAUAAAAACAACUCAGAUGAAGACAGCAAUUGGGAAGUGUUCUUCUGAAAAAUCUGAAAAACUCGGAUGUACAUUCCCAUUGACCCCUAAAUCUGAUCGCAUUGGAUGCAAGAAAAUGCGGCCUAAGAAGGAUCAAAAAUCCUCUCCAUUAUCAUCAUCGGGUUCCUCAGCAUCGUGUGGGAAUCCUCGUACAAGCGUUCGGCGUUCGUCCAAAAAUUCUUCAGCCUCAUCGUCGCCUGGAAAAACCUUCCGCAUAAUUAAGCGAUCUGAGAGCCACAAAUCCCAACCCAAUGCGGAGAAGACCCGCAAAUAUACAGCCUCAUUAUCGUCUGGUAGUAGCCGCAAGAAGAACACCCACAAAUCUUCGUCUUCUUCAUCGCUAGGAGGGACAUUCAACAAGGACUCUCGCAUAAACAUAAAGCGAUCACCGGAGAUGCAGAAACCGAUGUCCUCUCCAUACUCCAAAGCGGUCUUUCGUGGAAUUAGCCGCAUAAAGGCCAACCAAUCCUUGCAGACCCGGAAACCUGGUGGAAACCUUCCUCGCAUGAAUGGGGAGAAGCAAUCGUCGGAGAGCUGCAAGUCGACAUCGACGGAUGAAGGGUUUCAUGGAUCCAAACUGAUGAAAAAAACUAAGCAAUCCAAGAAUUUCAAUUUUUCUCCACUGUCAUCGUAUGAUGACAUAAAUACGGAUCUCAUGAUUUCGCUUUCGCCCAUAUCUGAAUGCGCUUCCUCUGAUGACGCAUCUGCUGCUGGAUAUCGCAUGAUGAGACAACGGUCGUCGGAUUUCCAUGUAUCAAUGUUUGAAUCGUCGCCGGAUUCAUGUCUAUCCGAGAAGAAGCCGACACUUCUGGAUUCGACAUCUGAUGAGCUGCGCACCAGAAAGACACUUUUGAAUUUGAUGCACAAAUCGCACCUGCGCACUUCCACAUCGGUGGAAUCAGUGCCUGAGAUUGAAGAUGGGGAUACUGCCACAAUCAAAAGUAGUCCCAUAUCGGAGAAUGGAACACCAAAGUCCCCGAAAGAAAAUCAUCUUAAGGAAAAUGCGAAGACCUGGACCAUGACCUACGACGACUGGCUGGAAUACAAGCGCAUGCAGCGCAAGGAGCAGAAGCACCGACAGAUGGAAGAACGCGCCGCCAAAGAUUCUUACGCUGCUCAGCGUAAGGAAAUAUCCCAGAUGGUCUACCAGAUGUGGCUGAAGAACAAGCAACGUGAGGAGGAGGAACAACGCGUUCAGAAUCACACACAGCUAGCGGCUCUCAAUGCCAGCUCUUCUCUGAAGGGUAAUCCUAUAACAGUGACCGCCGCUGCCAAACCUUCUCGCAACAUAUCCAAGGAGGAAAUUAAUCAGGAGCUUGAGAGCUGGCGUUUGAAGAAGAUCCAAAUGCAGAAGUCCAAGCGCCAGGAGGAAAAACUGGCGAAGAUUAAGCACGAGGAGGAUCUUUUCCAUCGCCAGACCCAGUCCGCAAUGGCUAUUAAGAAGUGGUUCAGCACCGUCCACAAGAAGCCCAAGCCGGUGCCAAUGAACCAGGGCCUCGACUCGUUGCGUGGGACUAUCUCAGAUCUGUAUAUAAAUCCUCAACCAUGGAUGCAGUAAAACAUUUUGUUUUCAGCA